AGCCGUUUAUAAUGCAGUCAAAGUGGAUCUACGGAUUGCUGGUGUUUUUCCUCUGCAAAAGCAUCACAGGAUUGGCGGAUGUUGAAGGGCGUGUCAUAAUCGAAACGGACAGAACUGAUAUUCAAGAAUUGUAUUUGGAUUAUCCGUAUAGCCACUGUCCUAUUGAUUCCAGUGCCCAUGGUAUAUAUACAAUACAGGUAGGGGAACUAGAUCCCUUCCCAGUGUUCUGCAAUGCAAAGAUGGCGGGUCCUGGCUGGACUGUGAUCGCCCGUCGAACCAACAAGGAGCUGAAUUUCUACCGCAACUGGGAUGGGUACAAGAGAGGAUUUGGUGACAUCACAGGCGACUUCUUCAUAGGAUUGGAUAAGCUGCACGCCAUUACAAAGUCACAGAACCAAGAGCUAUACGUACACCUGGAGGACUUCGUGGGGAACACGAGAUAUGCCAAAUACGAUGAGUUCCAUAUCGAAAGUGAAAAUCAAUUAUAUCGAAUGUCAAAGUUGGGCGCCUUCACUGGAGAUGCGGGUGAUUCGAUGAUUGAGAGCAAAAAUCACAAAUUUUCCACCUUCGACAGGGACAACGAUAAUGAUCAGGGUAACUGUGCAGUUCAACGCAUAGGAGCCUGGUGGUUCAACCAUUGUACCUGGAGUAACCUUUUCGGCAUUUAUGUGAAUGGUUCCGUAUCCAGCAUGAACGGAAAGGGAAUAUGUUGGAAUACUUGGCUCGGAUCUGGCUAUUCCUAUAAAUCAAUUCAAAUGAUGGUUCGUCCAAAGUGCUCUUGCCCUAAAUAAUAAAAUAAAUAUUAAACUGCAACGUAUUCCUGUAAUUCCGCAUUAAAAGUAAUGACAGGAAGUUAAGGGAGGAAAGUGGCUAAAAUAUGUUUGUUUUGCUACACGACAUCUUCGAUAUUCCACGUUUUAUAAUCUAUCUUAUAUUUUCUUAAUUUCUUUGUACACUGGAUGUUCGGAAAUUAGAGCAUCACACAAAUUAGAGAAUUCCAGAAAUUA